CAUCGACAUAUAUGCUUCUGAAUGACUGACAUCACCAACAAUUAUAUGUCUACUCUCUCCGUCUUCUCCUCUCAUACCUCCUAUUUCUUUUCUCUUUUAAUUUUUUCUUCAGCUGUCGAAAGUAUUGCAGAAAUCGUCUUAAUUUACUCCUCUACGGAUUCCUUUUAUCUCUCCUGAAAUACGAUCAUCGUUUCUUCUCGAUCCUGGUGUUCCCCCAACGUUGUUGACAACACGACAAAAAUUUAUUCAUCCACAGCAACAACAGCCCAAGAAAUUCAGAAAUUAACACAUAAUCAUUAUCCACUGGAGGUAUUAUGCUCUCAAGCGCAGGAAUGGACACAGUAACACGCUAUCGUCGCUCACCUCCUCGACACCGGCAUUCAAAUGGGUCUAUAUUCAAAACUGAAACACUUGCAGAGCAAUACAUGGAACCCGUCAUGACUUGUGAAGCAUUUGCAACUUAUUCACCACCACGCGCACAGCAUUUAGCCAUCAAUUCACCUUUUUCAAUGGAUGCUACUACCAUGUCACAUCAUGGCUAUGGUCUAGUUCACCCAGUGGCAAAUCCACAUUCUUCCGGCCAUUUUCAGGGAUCCUCCUCCAUUUUUCAUCUUAGUCCUUCACCUACACCAUCCUCCACCAGUCCAUCCUCCGCAACAGAAACAUCAAGUCUUCGCCACGAGAUUAUUUUAGAAGCACCGACUGCAAGUGCACAGAAACAGGAUCAGUUCUCAUUGACUUAUCUCAACAAAGGUCAAUUUUAUCCCGUCUCUAUCAAUGACUCGCUUUGUAGAGAUUGCGAGUUAAAAACAACCAUCAGCAUCGCCUUCCACGAACACCCCCAUAGGCAGAUCGCUUCUAACUUUUGGAAAUAUUGGAUAUGCCAGCAAAGCGAGACUCAGGCUGCUCGAGCCCUUGACAUUGAUCUAGCCGGCAGCAGCGGUAUCAUUGACUCUCAGUGCGAUACUUUUGACCGAGUUACCUUUACAUGGAAUGGUCGACAGGGAGCCAAAGUGUUCAUUAAAUUCAACUGUCUUUCUACGGACUUUUCUCGGAUCAAAGGCGUAAAAGGCAUUCCCCUUCGAAUAGCAACCGAAACGCAUGUUGUCGAUAACGAACACCAUAUAGAAAAGGCCUUUUGUAAGAUUAAGUUGUUUCGAGACAAGGGAGCAGAGCGUAAAAACAAGGACGAUGCAAAACAUAUUGAGAGGCAAUUGGAAAAACUUCGAACGAACUGUCAAGAUAAGGGAGGUGACAGUAAUCCGCUAUGGCUCGUGUAUAUGCCAUCCCAAACCUACACCAUCUUUUCUGAAGUGCCUGCGAGCCCAGAAAUUCUACCAUCGCCAUUGGAAGAAACGGAAUUUGACAUUCCGUUGAUGGAUACACAAUGCUCUCUUGAUAGUUUGCCCCAAGAGGAGCCUAGCCCUUGGUGUUUACAACAACCUGCCACGCCGGCCGCGCCGUCGUCGGCCGAACUCAAGCGGCGUUUUGAUGAAUACAUUAACCCAGACUAUUCUAAUGCUUUAGACAUUGACAAGUCGUAUGUACCACAACCGAGGAAACGGAAAGCAGUAUUGAGCUUCUUUGUUUGCUUCCACCCGGGCGACCCGUAUCGAGCUAUUUAUUUGGAAUCAUUUACCCUGCAGGACUUGGUAACAAAAAUUUGCUCCAAAGUAAACCAUAUCGAACGAAAGCAAGUCGGACAAGUGGUGCGAAGUCUGAUUAAUCGCCCUAUAGAAGUUCAUGUUGAUGACGCCUUUGUAUCAACCAACAUACCAGAGGAGCAGCCUAUGUAUAUCAAAUUCAGAUUGCAAGAUGAUAGCAGUUAUAAGAUGAUACUGCACUACUAAGUGGAAUGCCCGACCCAUGACAUUAGGCUGGAACGCCGCUCACUCAAGUUAACUCAUUCACUCUCCUUACUCACUCACUAAACUUGAGCACUAUACUUCAUUCAUUGCUUUCACUUUACUUUCCUUUGCUUUUUUUCACCCAUCUGUAAAAUUCUGAAUGUUCGUCUCUCUUUUGUUCGUCUUCCACUGUUUGGAGACUCAUGCUUUUUGAUACCUCAUAUCAUUUCAGUGUUCUUUUUUUUUUUGAUAUGCUGUGGCUCACAAUCCAACCGUAUUCAUUCGUGUAUGAUCCAAGUUCGCAUAGCUCUUUCAAUGUACACAAAUCCAAAAGAAAAAAAUUUAUAUGAUAAAAAUUGGCCUUCAGGGGGAAAAUUUUGGGAUUGUCCGAAUGAUG